UUACUGUUCCUAUCUGAUCUUCAGUUCCCAGUGAGCGGGAAGAGUUUCCAGGAGGCUCAGGUGAAUCUGAACGAGGCGGCGGCCGGAUUGAACCAGUCAGCCAAUGAGCUGGUGCAGGCGUCACGCGGCACCACCCAGGACCUGGCCAAAGCCUCCGGGAAGUUCGGACAAGACUUCAAUCACUUCCUGCAGGCUGGAGUGGACAUGGCUGGACAAUCCCAGUCUAAAGAGGACCAGACUCAAGUGGUCACCAACCUGAAGACCAUCUCCAUGUCCUCCAGCAAACUCCUGCUGGCUGCUAAAGCUCUGUCCACUGACCCCAACUCACCCAACCUGAAAAACCAGCUUGCUGCUGCCGCUCGGUUAGAAUCAGCUGUCUUCUGCU